AUGGAGGCCUCAGUAAUAUUACCUAUUCUGAAGAAAAAGCUUGCCUUCCUUUCAGGAGGAAAGGACCGACGAAGUGGCCUCAUUCUGACAAUUCCAUUAUGCUUGGAACAGACAAAUAUGGAUGAGCUGAGUGUUACCUUAGACUACCUACUCAGCAUUCCAAGUGAAAAGUGUAAGGCUAGAGGAUUUACCGUGAUUGUGGAUGGCAGAAAAUCACAGUGGAAUGUGGUGAAAACAGUAGUCUUAAUGCUACAGAAUGUUGUUCCAGCUGAGGUGUCCCUUGUUUGUGUAGUGAAGCCGGAUGAAUUCUGGGAUAAGAAAGUAACACAUUUUUGUUUUUGGAAAGAAAAGGAUAGACUUGGCUUUGAGGUUAUUUUAGUGUCUGCCAAUAAAUUGACUCGUUAUAUAGAACCGUGCCAGUUAACAGAAGAUUUUGGUGGGAGUCUAACCUAUGAUCACAUGGACUGGUUAAAUAAGAGGCUGGUUUUUGAGAAGUUUACAAAGGAAUCUACAUCAUUACUAGAUGAACUUGCUUUGAUUAACAAUGGAAGUGAUAAAGGAAGUCAGCAAGAGAAAGAGAGGUCUGUGGAUUUAAACUUUCUUCCAUCAGUUGAUCCUGAAACAGUUCUUCAGACAGGGCAUGAAUUGUUGUCCGAAUUACAGCAGCGUCGAUUUAAUGGCUCAGAUGGAGGGGUCUCAUGGUCUCCUAUGGAUGAUGAACUGCUGGCCCAGCCACAGGUUAUGAAGUUAUUAGAUUCACUGAGAGAGCAGUAUACUCGCUACCAGGAAGUUUGUAGGCAACGUAGUAAGCGUACACAGUUAGAGGAGAUUCAGCAGAAGGUAAUGCAGGUUGUGAACUGGCUUGAAGGGCCUGGAUCAGAACAACUACGAGCCCAGUGGGGGAUUGGAGACUCCAUCCGGGCCUCCCAGGCACUGCAGCAAAAGCACGAGGAGAUCGAGAGUCAGCACAGUGAAUGGUUUGCAGUGUAUGUGGAACUUAAUCAACAAAUUGCAGCACUCUUAAAUGCUGGGGAUGAGGAAGAUCUUGUGGAACUGAAGUCACUGCAGCAACAACUUAGUGAUGUUUGCUACCGACAGGCCAGUCAGCUGGAAUUUAGGCAGAAUCUCUUACAAGCAGCUCUUGAAUUUCAUGGUGUUGCCCAAGAUUUGUCUCAGCAGUUGGAUGGCUUAUUAGGGAUGUUGUGCGUAGAUGUAGCACCAGCUGAUGGAGCAUCGAUUCAGCAGACUUUAAAACUGCUUGAAGAGAAGCUGAAAAGUGUUGAUGUAGGAUUACAAGGUUUGCGUGAAAAAGGUCAAGGACUUCUGGAUCAGAUCUCCAAUCAGGCAUCCUGGGCCUAUGGAAAGGAUGUCACCAUUGAAAAUAAAGAAAAUGUGGACCACAUACAAGGAGUGAUGGAAGAUAUGCAGCUUAGGAAACAAAGAUGUGAAGACAUGGUAGAUGUGCGAAGGUUAAAGAUGCUUCAGAUGGUGCAGUUGUUUAAAUGUGAAGAAGAUGCUGCUCAGGCAGUAGAAUGGCUAAGUGAACUUCUGGAUGCCCUGCUUAAGACCCACAUCAGAUUGGGUGAUGAUGCUCAGGAAACAAAAGUUUUACUGGAAAAGCAUAGAAAAUUUGUUGAUGUUGCACAGAGCACUUACGACUAUGGAAGACAGUUGCUACAGGCUACAGUUGUGUUGUGCCAAUCUCUGCGCUGCACGUCUCGAUCAUCUGGGGACACGCUUCCUCGACUGAACAGAGUAUGGAAACAGUUUACGAUAGCGUCUGAAGAGAGAGUUCAUAGGCUGGAGAUGGCUAUUGCCUUUCACUCAAAUGCCGAAAAGAUUUUGCAAGACUGUCCAGAAGAGCCCGAAGCUAUUAAUGAUGAGGAGCAGUUUGAUGAAAUUGAAGCGGUUGGGAAAUCCCUUUUGGAUAGAUUAACUGUUCCUGUAGUUUAUCCUGAUGGAACUGAACAAUAUUUUGGGAGUCCAAGUGACAUGGCCUCCACUGCAGAACACAUCAGAGACAGGAUGAAACUGGUUAGUCUCAAAAGGCAGCAGCUGAGACAUCCUGAAAUGAUGACCACAGAGAGCUAA